UUUUCUAAAAUUUCUUCCAUGACUUCCUCCUUGUCGUCGCUGCCUUUGGAGUUGGUAGAAGAGAUAUUUGUCAGGGUUCCCAUCGAAUUGUUGGUACGAUUCAAAACGACAAGCAAAGAAUGGUACGCUUUCUUCAGCGACAAGAAAUUCAUCUACAAACACUUGGAUCUCUCCCAGGAAAGAUUCAUACGAGUUGAUGUUGGUCAUCAGUCGCUUCAAAUCUUCAAUCCUGAGACCAAUCCUAUAUUGCGUCUACCAAUCCCAGGCGAGUUACACAAUCAUACUUUUAGAGAAGCGAUUCACUGCGACGGAUUAUUGAUAUCUAGUUGUAAGAAUCGUGAAUCAAUUAAAAAGCUCGCAGUUUGGAAUCCGAUUUCGAGCCGAGUCACAUGGAUCGAACCCUCGAAUUCUUACGAAAUAUGUGAUAUCUACGGUUUUGGAUACGACAAUGUAUCCCGUGACAACUACAAGAUCUUGAGGAUCAAUCGAUUCAGAUUACCAUCAGAGAUUGAGAUAUAUGAGUUUAAGUCUAAACGCUGGAGAAGUGUUGAUGCUACUCUCGAAUGCGAACAUAUGUGGGAUCCUGUGUCUAUGAAUGGAAACAUAAAAAAAAACUAUGAAAUCGAAUCAUUCAUCCAAUGUUUUGAUUUUUCGACAGAAACGUUCAAGCCCAUAUGUUGUGUUCCAGAGGGAGCUGAUCAUUUUCAUAGUUCUUAUGACACAGUACUCUUGUCAGGUUUCGGAGGAGAUAGGCUUUCUCUAUUACAUCAUCAUACAAAUGGGAAGAUAGAAGUGUGGAUUACAAGCAAGCUGGCCGAUGGGGUUGUCUCGUGGAGCAAGUAUAUCAAUGUAACUCAUGAUCCCUUAGUAUUACACUCAACUUCCAGUCGCAGAAUUAGUCCGACAUACUUCACCCACAAGACCGAUAAGAUCAUGUUAUUGUGCGAGGAAGAAGAUUUCGAGGAGAAGUAUAUUUACACCAAUGUUUACGAAAUUUGUGAGGGUGUGAUAAAAAAACAAGAUGAAGUGAGAGGAAGACAUAGACUGUACGAGAACCCUUGCAAUGUGUAUGUUCCAAGUCUGGUUCCGGUUCCUUGUUCGGAGGAACAUGGCAGUGGAAAGCAAGUUGGAACAGAAGAAAGCAAGCCAAAAAUGUUGGGGCUAUUUGUCGAGAAGUCAUGA